CCUUUGUGGGAGCAGCAUCAAUUCAGUUCGACACCACCUUUCGAACCACACAGCGCAUUCUCGGUAAUCCAGACAACGCGCAUACUCAUACAACAUGGCUGACGCUCCUCGUGGUGGACGUGGUGGAUUCGGUGACCGGGGUCGUGGUGACAGAGGCCGGGGCGAUCGUCGAGGACGACGAGGACCUCGCCGUGGUGGUGCCAAAUCUGACGAGAAGGAAUGGCAACCAGUCACCAAGCUGGGCCGUCUUGUGAAGGCUGGCAAGAUCCAGAGCAUGGAACAAAUCUACCUGCACUCUCUUCCUAUCAAGGAGUACCAAAUUGUCGACUGGUUCCUGCCUAAGCUGAAGGACGAAGUCAUGAAGAUCAAACCCGUCCAGAAGCAAACCCGUGCCGGUCAACGAACUCGAUUCAAGGCUAUUGUGAUCAUUGGCGACAGCGAAGGCCACGUCGGUCUCGGUAUCAAGACCUCCAAGGAAGUCGCAACAGCUAUCCGUGCCGCCAUUAUCAUUGCCAAACUCUCCGUCCUCCCUAUCCGAAGAGGUUACUGGGGUACCAACCUCGGUGAGCCUCACUCUCUCCCUACCAAACAGUCCGGCAAGUGUGGUUCCGUCAACGUCCGCAUGAUUCCUGCUCCUCGAGGAACUGGCCUUGUCGCCUCGCCCGCUGUCAAGAGAUUGUUGCAACUUGCUGGUGUUCAGGAUGCAUACACUUCAUCCGCUGGAAGCACAAAGACGUUGGAGAACACCCUCAAGGCUACUUUCGUUGCUGUGAGCAACACAUACGGUUUCUUGACUCCCAACCUGUGGAAGGAGACCAAGCUCAUCAGAAGUCCUUUGGAAGAGUACGGUGAUGUUCUGAGAGAAGGCAAGCGCUACUAGAGGGCGAAAACAGACAUGAGCAGGGGAUAGUCGGUUGCAUUUUCCAGCGAGCAUAACUACCGCUGCAGAUGGCGUAUGGACGCAAGCUCACGUCUGUACUUGAGAGAAGUCUAUGAUUCGAUAUGAUUCAUCCAUGUUUCCUG